AUGCAGAUGCUUCCAUUAGCAGCUUAUAACAUCCAGCGAUGCACGGUACCAGAUACUUGUUUACAUAUCCCGAAAGCACUGGCAUCCGGACGAUGGUGGCCUCAACCACUACACGAACUGAGUCGACACCGAACUCGACCGCCCAGUACGGGCAUUGAACGACGUACACGACUACUGGUUGUCGACAAUUCAGCACUUGGUAAAGAGGCCAAUACAUCUGGUAAAUUAGCCUACUGCAUCGAUGUUUACAAACCAGGUGGACGAAAGAAGCAUAUGCCCCAUGCCACACUUGGUGACAAGAUCUUGGUUGCAAUACGAGGAGAGAUGAAACAGGCGUUUGUGGUGGGAGCUAAAAUAGAUGUAAACUAUCGAAAACAUGGAAUACCUUCAACGGAUACCAACAACAUCGUACUUCUUGAUGAUGAAGGAAAUCCUCUUGGAACUCGAGUGCUCAUGCCAAUUCCAGCAAUCCUUCAACGAAAACGAGCAAAUUUACAAUUUUCAAAAAUAUUAUCGAUUGCUACGAAAUACUUCUAA